AUGUCUUCCUCCUCAACAGCUCCAAGCAAUCCGGAUGGAGUCACCGGCCGGCUCUGCAACUGGAUCCAUGACACACGUUACGCAGAUAUCCCAACCGAAGUCAUCGAGCGAGCCAAGUAUCUCAUUCUGGACGGCAUAGCAUGUGCUCUAGUGGCAUCUCAUCUACCAUGGUCCGAGAUUGCCGCCAAUGGCAUCUUCAAGAUGGAGCCAGCCGGCCAAUGCACGGUCAUCGGAUGGGAAGGCAAGAAGCUCUCGCCCAUUCCUGCUGCCAUCUUGAACAGCACUUUCAUCCAAGGCUUCGAGUUGGAUGACUAUCAUUCAAGGGCUCCGCUGCAUUCGAACGCAGUACUUGUGCCUGCUCUUUUCGCUGCUGCGGAGUCGGCCGAAGAUCCGUCCAAGUCUUUCACUGGAGAGGACUUCCUCGAGGCGUAUGUUAUUGGCUGUGAGAUCGGACCUCGCGUUGGACUGGCUCUUCGUGGUGGUGACCUGUUGUCGAGAGGUUGGCAUAGCGGUGCCGUGCAAGGGCCUUCAGCAUCCGCGGCCGCAGUAUCCUCUUUUCUAGGCCUCACUCCAGCCCAAACAGAAUCAGCUCUCGGCAUUGCAUGCACACAAGCUGGUGGUCUCAUGUCAGCACAGUUUGGUUCGAUGGCCAAACGGAUGCAACACGGCUUCGCAUCUCGAAAUGGCUUGUUCGGAGCACUAAUGGCCAAGGAGAAUUACACUGGCAUCCAAGAAGUAUAUGAAGUGCCAUAUGGCGGCUUUCUCAGCUGCUUCGGUCAAGGCAUCACUCAGGAGCCCAAGACUUUUCCAGAGCAGCUGAUCAAGGGCCUUGGCUCUCGAUGGGAAAUCCAUGGUAUCAGAGUCAAACUUCACGCCGCGAUGGCUGCUCUGCACAGCACGAUUGAUUGUAUCGCGAAUCUGCAGAAAGCACAUCCAGAUCGAUUCGUUGCGGAGAAGCUCGACGGCAUCGUUUCUGUUAAAACUCAGCAUGGCAAGCCUGCUUACGAACACGGUGGCUGGAUUGCACCUCCAGACAAGCCGCUCACGAGCACCGGAGCACAGAUGUCAAUUCAGUACGCUGCUGCGGCCCAGCUUCUGGACAGAGAGGUGCUCAUGGCACAAUACGGCGCAAGCAAGCUCAAUCGGUCAGAGAUCAGGAACUUGAUGUCGCGUGUUCACCCGGAGCAUGAUCCAAAACUCGAUCAAGGUGACGAUGCGUUAUUCAAGACCAUAGUCGUCGUGAAAUUCAAAGAUGGCAGCGAGCUCAAAGCGAUUGUCAAUGCGCCGAAAGGUAUUGAUCCUCCGGCAAGCAGCGAGGAUAUUGUGAAUAAGUGGCGAAUGCUGGUGAAAGAUAUUCUGAGCAAUGAGAGAAGAGAGGAGAUUGAGAAGAAGGUGCUGAGUCUGGAUAGGUUGAGCGAUGUCAAGGAGUUGAUCAAGCUCCUUGGAGAUGAUGUGAAGUGUCCGAUCGAUGUAUAG